AUGUCCAGGUCGAACACCAUGGACAGACAGACAGACAGACAUACAGACAGAAAGACAGAGGAACAGACGAACAGACGAACAGACAGACAGGUAACUGGGACGAGAGCCAGGUCCCAGUCAGUGUAGAGAGGAAGUCUGGACUGAUUCAAGGGGAACACUGGUUUCCUUCUUGUGAAAGUGGUGGCCCCCACUCCUUGGCUGACGUGCACAGGAACCUCUUCUUGCAGCCUGGCAUCGUGUUUUGGACGGUCACAGGAUGUUUGGAAUGGUGGGCGGCGAUGGUGGGAUGGUGGGAUGGUGGAGGGAUGGGCGCUACCCUUUGAAGUUUGUUUGUCCGGUAGUGUUCGGUGGGAAAGUUAGUUAGGACACCCCCCUCCGACUGAUCGACAACCCUCUUACCCCUCCGCCACCUCCCCCCGUCUCUGACUGUCUCACACCUCGGCUUCCUUGCUUCUAAUUUUAGCUCCAUUCAAAACAGAGUAGAGCUUCCUCCUUCAGAACACUUCAUCCGCUGUUUGUGAUGCUUCAUGCUUUUUCAACUCUAUAGGACAGAGAGAGAGAGCGAGAGAGAGCGAGAGAGAGCAAGAGAGAGAGAGAGAGAGAGAGAGAGAGAGAGAGAGAGAGAGAGAGAGAGAGAGAGAGAGAGAGAGAGAGAGAGAGAGAGAGAGAGAGAGAAUAAGGAGAUCAGGAGAAGAGCAGAGAGCAAAGGAUAUAAGCAGAUACAAGAAAAAAUGGAAACAGAGAAUCUAUGUGGACUUCCUCAAUUAUUUGGGCUAAUGCACAUCAUAGUUCUCAUACUCUUCUGUGUUCUUAUCCCUCACUUGUCUUGUCUUUCUCCCCUAGGCCUCCUCUUCCUCCCAGAACAGCACAGCCAUGUUAACCUCAGAUGGCUCCCCCUCUCCCCACACCACAUGGGUCUCCACCCCCACCCUGACCCUGGCCAUGACUGACUCAGACCCCCAGGACACAGACAUGACCCUCUGGAGUGAGGCCGAGUUCCAGGAGAGGUGCACCUACAUCUUGAAGGACCACCCGUUGGACCCGGGUAACCACCCAGAGAACCAGAACAAGACCAAGGCUGAGAGGUCUCUACCCCAAAACUUGGUCCUGAAACGCUGCCCUGACUCUGCAGAGGUAGGGUAUACUGAAAGCGUGACGACCACACUUUCCUGUGUAUGGGGGGGAUGUGUUAAAAAAAUUAGAGUUGAGAGUGAAAGAGUUAGUAUUUGAAUGCAGGUAUGUGUGAGUGUUUGUGUUUUCGUGUGUGGGAGAGUGAGUAGGCGUGGUGUUUCUUUGUGGGGGCCUUCUAGUGUGUUUGGGUGUGUGUGUGUCGGUGUGUUUGCGUGCACACGGGCACGUUUGCGCACAUGCAUGAGAAUUUAUGCCUAUCUGUUCAUAUGGGUCUGUGUAAUGUGUGUGUGUGUGUGUGUGUGUUUAUGCAUGUGCAUACAGCUGUACUAUAUUUGUUCUGUGUGUGCGUUUUGGAAAACUCACCUUACAUCACUCCCAUAUCCACCAAUCCUUCCUUCCAUCCUUCCUCGGGAGGAGGAAAUGCUUGACACAUUGUUGACUAAUUCCAGCUUUUCCUCUCUGUGUCUUUUACGCUGUGUACAUCUUACGACAGAUGGCAAGACAAUAGCCAUGGACGCAUCCUAAAUGGCACCCUAUUCCCUAUAUAGUGCACUGUUUUUGACCAUAGGGUUUCCCUAUGGGCCCUGGUCAAAAGUAGUGCACUAUAUAAUGAAUAGGGUGCCAUUUGGGAUGCAGCCCCAGUCUUCAGAGCCACAGCCUGGGGUCAAUAUGAUUAGUUAGUACUUUACUUUACAUUACCGGUUCCCAAUGUCCCUUGCCAUUAAACUGUAAAGCAGAGACACUGAGACCCGCGCUACUGAUCGUAAAUAAUCUCAGGUCGAAGAAGAAGUGUAUCAGCUAGUUUGAUCAACAUGAAAGAAGGAAAGUGGUUGGGCGGGCAGGUUGAUGUUUAGGGUCAAAUCCUAAAUUCCACUUAGGUAACCAUAUCAUUAUUUUUAUGCAUUGAUGAGUGAAAAGUACAUUUAAGAGAAAACCGGAUUCACGCCUUACUGAACAGGAGACAGGAAUGAGACUGAGGCCAUGUUUGAAAUCUUUCAAAAUGGAUCCUUCCUACCACCCUUCCUUGAAGUGUUCACAGAUCUAAGAUAUAAGAUGACUGGAUAGGUGAAAGUAACGGUUCCACUGGAUUGCUGUCAUCUGUCCAAAUCAGUGAUUGUAUCAAGAGAGGUAGGGAGGAACGAUGCAUUUUUCAGAGUGUUCGAACAUGACUCGAAUCAAAGUGUGUCUGAUGUAAGGGCAUGGACAGCGUUUGUCAAUAUGAAUUUGUUCAAAUUCAGGGUCUCUUCCUAUUCCCUCUUUGUCUUUGAGUAGCUUGUUCAGUCAGUCAGUAUCAGGGUUGAAUAUUUUCCCGGUAUUUUACAAAUGUUCCAUCCCGAGAACAAAUCACUUUUCUCCCGGGUAACCCGGUAUUUCCCGCCAAAACCGGAAGUGUCAUUCAAAAGCAUUAUAAAGCAUAUAAAUAUGUCUAGAUUUGAUUAGAGCUUUGAUCAGCAUGAAUAUUCAAACCUGAUGCUACCUGAGCCUGAUGACACAUAUAUUAAAUACAUUUUAUGUGUCCUACAUUAACAGUUGGUACUUUAAUGAGCCCAAGCCCAAGAAAAGCCCCAAAAUUGUGCCUUUAUCCAAUACAUACUGUAUUGUGCCCAUAUGAACACAUUUAUUUUAGGCCAUAUAAAGAACAGCUAUGCAUGAUUUAAUGAAAAGCAGCAAACAGACACAACAUUGUUCACAUUAUUUAAUAAAAGACUCAUAAACAGAAGAAGGCAAUAGGCUAUACAGCUGGAUUCACAGUUUCCCCGCCAAAUAGCCCGCCUACAAGGAAACUCAACAUAUCUCGACGACGUUGAGUGUGCGAUGGGGGUCUGUGCGCUGUGUAGUACAUUCCACAAAAAGUGUUGCUCUACAAAAAUACAUGUAAUAUUCAGAUCCCUUGACUUCCACAUAUUGUUACAUUACAGGCUUAUUCUGAAAUUGAUUCAAAUGUUUUUUCCCCUCAUCAAUCUACACACAAUACCUCAUAAUGAAAAAGCAAAACCAGGUUUUUAGAAUUUUUGCAAAUGAAUAAAAAACUAAAAACUUAAAUAUCACAUGUACAUAAGUAUUCAGACCCUUUACUCAUUACUCUGUUGAAGCACCUUUGGCAGUGAUUACAGCCUCAAGUCUUCUUGGGUAUGACGCUACAAGCUUGGCACACAUUUGGGGAGUUUCUCCCAAUCUUCUCCGCAGAUCCUCUCAAGCUCUGUCAGGUUGGAUGGGGAGCAUUCCUGCACGGCUAUUUUCAGGUGUCUCCACAGAUGUUAGAUCGGGUUCAAGUCCGGGCUCUGGCUGGGCCCUCAAGGACAUUCAGAGACUUGUCCCGAAGCCACUCCUGCGUUGUCUUAGCUGUGUGCUUAGGGUCGUUUUCCUGUUGGAAGGUGAACCUUCGCCCCACUCUGAGGUCCUGAGCCCUCUGGAGCAGGUUUUCAUCAAGGAUCUCUCUGUACUUUGCUCCGUUCAUCUUUCCCUCGAUCCUGACUAGUCUCCCAGUCCCUGCCGCUGAAAAACAUCCCCACAACAUGAUGCUGCCACCACCAUGCUUCACCAUAGGGAUGGUGCCAGGUUUCCUCCAGACGUUAUGCUUGUCAUUCAGGCCAAAGAGUUCAAUCUUGGUUUCAUCAGACCAGAGAAUCUUGUUUCUCACAGUCUGAGAAUCCUUUAGGUGCCUUUGGGCAAACUCCAAGCGGGCUGUCAUGUGCCUUUUACAGAGGAGUGGCUUCCGUCUGGCCACUCUGCAAUAAAGGCCUAAUUGGUGGAGUGCUGCAGAGAUAGUUGGCCUUCUGGAAGGUUGACCCAUCUCCACAGACGAACUCUGGAGCUCUGUCAGAGUGACCAUUGGGUUCUUGGUCACCUCCCCCGAUUGAGCUGGCCAGGCGGCCAGCUCUAGGAAAAGUCUUGGUGGUUCCAAACUUCUUCCAUUUAAGAAUGAUGGAGGCCACUGUGUUCUUGAGGACCUUCAAUGCUGCAGAAAUUUGUUGCUACCCUUCCCCAGAUCUGUGCCUCGACACAAUCCUGUCUCGGAGCUCUACGGACAAUUCCUUCGACCUCUUGGCUUGGUUUUUGCUCUGACAUGCACUGUCAAUUAUGGACCUUAUAUAGACAGGUGUGUGCCUUUCCAAAUCAUGUCCAAUCAAUUGAAUUUACCACAGGUGGACUCCAAUCAAGUUGUAGAAACAUCUCAAGGAUGAUCAAUGGAAACAGGAUUCACCUGAGCUCAAUUUCAAGUCUCAUAUCAAAGGGUCUGAAUACUAUACUUAUACUUAAUAUUUUGUUGCUUUGUCAUUAUGGGGUAUUGUGUGUAGAUUGAUCAGGAAAAACAUUUAUUUAAUACAUUUUAGAAUAAGGCUGAAAUGUAACCAAAUGUGGAAAAGGGGAAGGGGUCUGAAUACUUUCCGAAUGCACUGUAUAGCACUAAGUACAGCAGUGGCGGUCAGUGCCGUUUAAGAUGAGGGAGGACUUCUUUUUUUUUUCAUGAGCACGGCCUUAUUUUUAUUACAGCAUAUUAGAUGACUGUAAUUCAUAUUCCAUUCAUCCAGUUCAAUGUAACAGUGAUAUGUUUAGCAUACUUCAAUUUUCCCUAUACCCAUCAUGAGGUUGCUACAACCUAGCCUAUGAAUGAAAGUUUACAACGUAGAUGUACACAGGUCGAGAUAAACAUUUGAGGUGACAGACAGUGACACAUGGACAGACAGUGACACAUUCAAACGUUCCGUUUGCUUCCAUUUAAGAAACAUCUUUCAACAGAAUUGGCAGAAUGAUACACCCCUGAUCACGAGUAAAUACAGUUAACUUUCAUAGCAGCCACAUUGUAUUCCUUUUCGCAUCUAUGCACUCUCCUCCUCUCACCUUUCCCUUCGCUUGUGGACCUCAGUGCACAACACAUCAGCUGUAUGUGACCAGGCGAAAAAACCUUUCCAAGCCAAGCCAAACCAUAUCAUCAAAUCAAAUCAAAUCAAAUCCUUUCCAAGCCAAACCAUAUCAUAACCGCUACACACAGCCUACAUUGUUGUCACCAUAUUAGCUAAAGUAAUGUCAUAGUCAACAUAGCUAAUAUAACUAACGCGUUAGUAAACCCGCUACAAUCAUGCAGUAACGUUACAGUGUACAGUCAGUAAGCAGUUUAGCAUUUACACCAGCGGGCCCCGGUGGCAAUCCAAAAGCUUACCUUGACAUGGAAGAGUUCCAGUGUUGUGUUGGAUAGUCAUAGCCAGCUAGCUAACAUAGCAUCCGUCUGUUUGAGCAGGGUGUUUGAGUAGGCUAAACAAGCUAGCUGCAUUUGCUAGCUAAGUAAGUGGAACUGAAAGUGAAAAAAAAAUAUGACAUUCUCUCACCACUGCAGUGCUAGCAAUCUGUAGCUUAUGCUUUCAGUACUAGAUUAAUUCUCUGAUCCUUUGAUUGGGUGGACAACAUGUCAGUUCAUGCUGCAAGAGCUCUGAUAGGUUGGAGGACGUCCUCUGGAAGUUGUCAUAAUUACUGUGUAAGUCUAUGGAAGGGGGUGAGAACCAUGAGCCUCCUAGGUUUUGUAUUGAAGUCAAUGUACUCAGAGGAGGACAGAAGCUUGAUGUCCUUUGGCUACACCAUGGUGCUACCCUACAGAGUGCUGCUGAGGCUACUGUAGACCUUCAUUGCAAAAUAGUGCUAUGAAUUAUUUGGUGACGUGAUGAUAUUUAGUAUAACUUUUUUAAUGUUUUACAAUUGUUGUUUUUAUGAAAUUCACUGAGGAGGGUGGUCCUCCUCUUCCUCCUUCCUGUGUGGUACAGGUGCUUGGGGUGACGAGUCGGGAGCUCAUUCCGAAGGGGACACGGUUCGGCCCUCUGGUGGGCCAGACCUACAGCAAUGACAUGGUGCCCAAAGAUGCCAACAGGAAGUACUUCUGGAGGGUAAGUGAGAGGGAUGGCACAAAUUGACACUUGUGGUCUCUCAUCCUGUGUAAUAUGUAUGUGAUUGUGUUUUUUUGCCAACGUGUUAUUUUUUGCUUUACUGUAAAGGUUGUGUGUGUGUGCGUGUGUUUGCCCGUUCGGGAGGAGGUUGUGUGAGGUCACACACACAGCUGUUCAGUUUCGGUGACGCAGUGCUUUUCCUCUCUCUGCUCCUCUCGGCAGUGCCAUGGUCUCACUGCUGGGAAACACACGCGCACACACACACAUGCACACAUACACACACACACUGACUCUCACACUGACUAAGCAAGGAAGUGGCCUAGGUCUUGCGAGCCACGACUUCCACUUGCAUACACACAGCUAAUGGUGUAGGCAUGCAAACAGCAUAUUCAUGACACAGACCCGACACAACAUCUAAACAACGGAGUCACUACACAGACAUGAGAUUAACACAGCCAUAACAUAGACAACCGGAACACUAUAAAGACAUGAGUCAAUCUGCAAACAACACUUCUUCCAGACAAAGAUCAACAAACAAAUUGAUGUAAAGCAGAUUGAGUGGAAAACUGUGGUAGAGCAGAAAUCCAGAGUGAAGGAUCCAAAAUGAAGUCUAUUUUUUGCUCUCCAGGAAUGUGUAGCCUUUUAGGUGUGCUGUAUUGGUAUAUAAAUAUGAUAAUGAAGUUAGAGUGAUGUAACACAGCCAGUUGUGAACUGACUCGAGUAGAGUUGUCAUACUGUCUUUCUGGUAGGAAAAAAAACACAGAUUAUGACCACACCCAGGUACCCCACCACUACCACCACUACCACCACCAACCAAAACACUCCACACCUUAUAUGAUAGAUAGAACAACAUCUUGAGUGACUUUAUUUCUCACGUCAUACUACUGGAUUGAUACUGUAACUUAGGUUUCAGAGCCGGGGGAGAAGGUUGUGUUGGUGUAGUCAUAUCUCUCUCUCUCUCUCUCUCUCUCUCUCUCUCUCUCUCUCUCUCUCUCUCACUCCUUUUAUCCCCUCCCCCCUUGUCUCUCUCCAGGUCUUCUCAGAGAGUCGGUUACAUCACAUCCUGGAUGGCUUGGACGAGGAGAAGAGUAACUGGAUGCGCUACGUCAACCCGGCCCGCCGUCCUGAGGACCAGAAUCUGGCGGCGUGCCAGACUGGCAUGGCCAUCUACUUCUACACAGUGAGAACUGUGCCACCGGGCCAGGAGCUGUUGGUGUGGUACUGCCCGGAGUUCGCCCGUCGUCUUAACUACCCGCCCCCCGGAGAGCUCUUAAUGGAGAGAAUUGGUACGUGUCUGAGUUGGAUUCUGUAAUGCAGAGGUCUUAAACUUGUGGCCUGCAAUCUGGCCCGCAAGUUGCUGUUUUGUGGCCUCCUCGACUAACAUCAGAUUCAUAUAGAAAUCAAGCCCGCAACUAAUGUACUUAAUAAGUUAUACUAGGCCAGCCUAACGGAUCCAAUCCCAUUUGAUCCAAUCUAAUAUAGAAUGGGACAAUAUGGGGUCUCUGGGACUUGUAUUCACUGCGGUGAGGGGAUGUGAAAAGCAAUAUGGUCCAUGAGUGUUUGGCACAACAUAUUGAAAGGAGUUCAGAGCAAUUCCUAGAGUUUCCUAGAGCAAUGGGUGGAUGUGGGUGGUUAAUCGAAGCCAAAGUCGCUCAGUCAAUGAUCCAGCCGCCUUACAAACUCUUUGUGUGGGUGUUUAACUAUAAAUAAAGGUCACACCCACAGGCCUUUGUGAAGGAGUUAGACAAAGCAGGAGAGGAGAGAAAAGAAAGGAGAGAAGAUCUAACUCCAGGUGUCACCAGGAGAGGUUUUGUCUCGUUAAGGCGAGACCAAUUUCAGGUCUCAAGGCAAAAUGUAAGUUUUUUCACACACACACACACACACACACACACACACACACACACACACACACACACACACACACACACACACACACACACACACACACACACACACACACACACAAACACACACACACUUAGAAGUGCACUGUAGGCUCACACGCAUGCAUGCACACAUGAACGCAUGAACGCAUGUGCACACACACGUACACACACACACACACUUACACCCAUCCAGAGGGGGGUGUUGAGGUGCUGACAGUUCUCUGGUAGGUCUCCCUUAUUUAUUUAGCUGCUCUUGAAGAGGAAGAGCGGGAGGAAAUGCUCCAUUGACUACUUCCUGGCAAGGCGUCCCGAGUUGACAGCUCCAAGAGUGUUGGUUGUUUGUUUGGAAGAGAGGGAGGGGUGGUCCUGUGAAACAAAUAGGAGAUAAGGCUUCUGUGUAUGUAUGUGUGUGUGUGUGCGUGUGCGUGUGCGUAUGCGUGUGUGGACCUCUUUAACUAAACCAGAAGUCCCCACAAGAAUAGUAAACAAACAAACAUUUGACCAACUGGGGACAUUUUGUUGGUCCCCACAAGGUCAAAUGCUAUUUCUAGUGGGUUUAGGGUUAAGGUGAGAAUUAGUGUUAGGGUUAGAAUUAGGUUUAGGUUUAGGGUUAGGAGCUAGGGUUAGUUUUAGGGUUAGGAGCUAGGGUUAGGUUUAGGGUUAGGGUUAAGGUUAGGUUUUCGGGUUAAGGUUAGGGUUAGGGUUAGGGUUAGGGUAGGAGUACGGGUUAGGGUUAAGGUAGGUUUUGGGUUAGGGAAAAUAGGAUUUUGAAUGCGACUGAAUUGUGUGACCCAACAAGGUUAGUUGUACAAGACUGUGUGUGUGUGUGUGUGCUAUUGCACUUAUUGUCAACUCAUCUCAACUUGUGGGGUUUCUGUCUUUCUUGAGAGCCUUUUACAGCAGUAUCACUGAUUUCAACUAAGAGUGAGGUCGUUAGGUGGAAAAAAGAGUUUUGGCUUUGUGACACUGACUCUUAAAUUUGUCAUGGUUAGACUAGUGCUGAUGUGACACAAUGCAAUUAGUCCGACAGAUACUGCUCAUUUUAUACGUUGAUAUGCAGUCGGUAAACUUGAACCCUUUGUGGCUUUGUGUGAAGUCAGUGUGUGAGUUCUCACCACAGUGCAGUUAAUGUGAUCAUUAGGGGUGACAAUCAGCACAAGUAAUUGGCAGUGCGCAAAAUAACCAUUACAUUUCAAAAAGGAAUAUCAUUCAGUGUGAAUUCCAAAGACUGCAUCUCGCGAUUGUGUCAUGUGCCGAUCUGUGCAAAAAGUACCAUAAAACUAUCAUUUGCAGCGUGAUGAGUUUAGUCACCAGUGCGAUGCAUUGGAUCUGUGCUCUUUUCCGGACGCUUAUAAGAAAUACCGCUAUGCCCUCCGACGAACCAUCAAACAGGUAAAGCGUCAAUGCAUAACUAAGAUUGAAUCCUACUACACCGGCUCUGAUGCUCGUCGGAUGUGGCAGGGCUUACAAACUAUUAAUGAUUACAAAGGGAAGCCCAGCCGCGAGCUGCCCAGUGAUGCGAGCCUACCAGAUAAGCUAAAUGACUUCUAUGCGCGCUUUGAGGCAAGCAACACUGAAGCAUGCAUGAGAGCACCAGCUGUUCCGGACAACUGUGUGAUCACGCUCAAGGUAGCGGAUAUGAGUAAGACCUUUAAACAGGUAAAGAUUCACAAGGCCGCAGGGCAAAAUAUUUUACUAGGACGUGUACACAUAGCAUGCGCUGACCAACUGGCAAGUGUCUUCACAGACAUUUUCAACCUCUCCCUGACCGAGUCCGUAAUACCUACGUUUCAAGCAGACCACCAUAGUCCCUGUGCCCAAGAACGCCAAGGUAAGCUGCCUAAAUGACUACCGACCCGUAGUACUCACGUCUGUAGCCAUGAAGUGCUUUGAAAGGCUGGUCAUGGUUCACAUCAACACCAUCAUUCCAGAAACCCUAGACCCACUCCAAUUCGCAUACCGCCCCAACAGAUCCACAGAUUACACAAUCUCUAUUGCACUCCAUACUGACCUUUCCCACAUGGACAAAAGGAACACCUACAGUGGGGGAAAAAAGUAUUUAGUCAGCCACCAAUUGUGCAAGUUCUCCCACUUAAAAAGAUGAGAGAGUCCUGUAAUUUUCAUCAUAGGUACACGUCAACUAUGACAGACAAAUUGAGAAUUUUUUUCUCCAGAAAAUCACAUUGUAGGAUUUUUAAUGAAUUUAUUUGCAAAUUAUGGUGGAAAAUAAGUAUUUGGUCACCUACAAACAAGCAAGAUUUCUGGCUCUCACAGACCUGUACUCUUCUUCUUUAAGAGGCUCCUCUGUCCUCCACUCGUUACCUGUAUUAAUGGCACCUGUUUGAACUUGUUAUCAGUAUAAAAGACACCUGUCCACAACCUCAAACAGUCACACUCCAAACUCCACUAUGGCCAAGACCAAAGAGCUGUCAAAGGACACCAGAAACAAAAUUGUAGACCUGCACCAGGCUGGGAAGACUGAAUCUGCAAUAGGUAAGCAGCUUGGUUUGAAGAAAUCAACUGUGGGAGCAAUUAUUAGGAAAUGGAAGACAUACAAGACCACUGAUAAUCUCCCUCGAUCUGGGGCUCCACGCAAGAUCUCACCCCGUGGGGUCAAAAUGAUCACAAGAACGGUGAGCCAAAAUCCCAGAACCACACGGGGGGACCUAGUGAAUGACCUGCAGAGAGCUGGGACCAAAGUAACAAAGCCUACCAUCAGUAACACACUACACCGCCAGGGACUCAAAUCCUGCAAUGCCAGACGUGUCCCCCUGCUUAAGCCAGUACAUGUCCAGGCCCAUCUGAAGUUUGCUAGAGUGCAUUUGGAUGAUCCAGAAGAGGAUUGGGAGAAUGUCAUAUGGUCAGAUGAAACCAAAAACAUUUUGGUAAAAACUCAACUCGUCGUGUUUGGAGGACAAAGAAUGCUGAGUUGCAUCCAAAGAACACCAUACCUACUGUGAAGCAUGGGGGUGGAAACAUGAAACGUGGCUGGGUCUUUCAGCAUGACAAUGAUCCCAAACACACCGCCCGGGCAACGAAGGAGUGGCUUCGUAAGAAGCAUUUCAAGGUCCUGGAGUGGCCUAGCCAGUCUCCAGAUCUCAACCCCAUAGAAAAUCUUUGGAGGGAGUUGAAAUCUGUGUUAACCAGCGACAGCCCCAAAACAUCACUGCUCUAGAGGAUAUCUGCAUGGAGGAAUGGGCCAAAAUACCAGCAACAGUGUGUGAAAACCUUGUGAAGACUUACAGAAAACGUUUGACCUGUGUCAUUGCUAAAUACUUUUUUUCCCCACUGUACGUGAGAAUGCUGUUCAUUGACUACCUCUCAGCGUUCAACACCAUAGUGCCCUCAAAGCUCAUCACUAAGCUAAGGAACCUGGGACUAAACACCUCCCUCUGCAACUGGAUCCUGGAUUUCUGACGGGCCGCCCCCAGGUGGUAAGGGUAAGCAGCAAUACAUCUGUCACGCUGAUGCUCAACACAGGGGCCCCUCAGGGGUGCGUGCUUAGUCCCCUCCUGUACUCCCUUAUCACCCAUGACUGCGUGGCCAAGCACGACUCCAAUACGAUCAUUAAGUUUGCCGAAAACAAAAUGGUGUUAGGCCUGAUCACCGACAACGAUGAGUGUUGGGACAGGACAACCACCUCUCCCUCAAUGUGAGCAAGACAAAGGAGCUGAUCGUGGACUACAGGAAAAGGAGGCCCGAGCACGCCCCCAUUCAUAUCGACGGGGCUGUAGUGGAGUGGGUCGAGAGCUUCAAGUUCCUUGGUGUCCACAUCACCAACAAACUAUCAUGGUCUAAACACACAAAGACAGUCGUGAAGAGGGCACAGCAACACCUAUUCCCCCUCAGGAGACUGAAAAGAUUUGGCAUGGGUCCUUAGAUCCUCAAAAAGUUAUAUAGCUGCACCAUUGACAGCAACCUGACUGGUUGCAUCACCGCCUGGCAUGGCAACUGCUCGGCAUCCGACCUCAAGGUGCUACAGAGGGUAGUGCGUACGGCCCAGUACAUCAAUGGGGCCAAGCUUCCUUCGAUCCAGGACCUCUAUACCAAGACGUCAGAGGAAGGCUCUAAGAAUUGUCAAAAACUCCAGCCACCCAAGUCAUAGACUUUUCUCUCUGCUACCGCACGGCAAGCAGCUCCUUAACAGCUUCAACCCCCAAGCCAUAAUACACCUGAACAGUUGAUCAAAUGGCUACCCGGACUAUUUGCAUUGACCCCCAUUUUUAUGCUGCUGCUACUUGCUGUUUAUUAUCUAUGCAUAGUUAUUUUAUUGUGUAACUUUUUUAACUUUAGUUUAUUUAGCAAAUAUGUUCUUAUACUGCAUUGUUGGUUAAGGGCUUGUAAGUAAGCAUUUCAUGUUGUAUUCGGAGCAUGUGAUAAUUACAAUUUGAUUUGAUUUGAUUACUUUGUGUGACAAAACUUUACCCUAAGUAUGUCUCUUUUUUUGAUGUCCCACAGAGCAGAACCAGGUUCGCGGAAAGAGUUCAGGGAAGAGGGGGCACAGCAUGUCCGAAAUCCUGAGGAAGGAGCCCACCAAGCCCCAUCCCCCUUGCCCCCGACUACCCAAAUCAGCACUGUCCCAAACCUGCAGCCCUGUCCUACCCCUUUGCCCCUCUGUGGUCUACCCCAGCUACCCACCCAUCCCAUACUGUGGACCCCCCAUCCCCAAAAGGACCCUCAGCAGCCUUGUCACCCCCCACAUGCACUUCCCUGUCAAGCCCAGCCUGGGCAGUUCCAUCACAGCCAAACAUUACCCAGUGUCCUCGCUGCCAGGUCACAUGUACACCAGUUCACUGUGCAGUCCCUUCCUCAUACCUCACUUCCCACUUGGCAUUAACAGCCUACUACCUCACACAUACCCCCUGUACAGUGACAGACUAGCUCCUCAUAUGCCACUUCCACCUCACAUGCUGCCUUUAGAGGGUUACCCGCACUCCCUGCGCCCAUCUGCCAAUGUACACAAAGAGCUCCUGCUCACUCUGACCACUUCCCACAAAAACUUCUCACUGCCCAAUGGCAGCAGAGAUCUGCCCCUUGCAUUGACCAAAAGCGAAAAAGACCUCAAUUGUAUGCCGACAAAUGGGCGCAAACACCUUGGGGACCAUGUGCCUUCACCAAAGAAUUACCUCAUAAACCUCCCUUUGACACCAACGGACAACUUCAGGGACUCUAAGCAUUCACCUGCCAGCAGCACCUUCGAUGACCAGCCUCUACCAGCCACCUCCAGGGCCUCAUCCAUGGCAACCUGUCUCGCACCCAGGGGAGGCUCACCGCCGGCAGGCCUGGCUGCCUCUUCUGACUACUUCCCCUCCAAGCACACAUCUGCCCUGCUGAGCUCCAUCCACAGUGCAGAGGAAGGGGCAGUGGACCUGCGGAAGGCCAGGCAUGGUGGACGGGUCAUCGGGUACAAGACCCUUUCCUACCCGCUUACCCGGAAGAAUGGGAAGAUCCGAUACGAGUGCAACGUCUGUGGCAAGAUCUUUGGUCAGCUGUCCAACCUCAAGGUCAGUCAGUCCCUCAUCAUAUGGCCCAUGUCUGAGAUCACAAGUAGUUUAUGUUUAGAUUAUAGUUUAUGCUAAUAUGAUAUUAUUAUUGAAAUAGUUUUGUUUAUGGAAAAGUUUGUGGUCAUACAAAGAACCUGAAAAAACUGCUGCUGGGCUAACAAAGUAGGAAAAUAACAGUAUAUACUCCCAAUUACACUGUAUGCUCCUAAUUGCCACCUUUAUUGGAUCGAAACCUUGUCAAUAAACAACCUGGACUCAGGGAUAGACGUAACAUAGUAAACAAAAACCCAGGACACUGAACUUAGUAUGAUAUGUUACGUUUUGUAUGGUAUGUAUUAAUUUGUGGAUGUCCAUCAUCCAUUUCAUAUGAUUCACUAUAUAUACAAAAGUAUGUGGACACGCCUUCAAAUUAGUGGAUUCGACUAUUUCAGCCACACCCGUUGCUGACAGGUGUAUAAAAUUGAGCACACCGCCAUGCAAUCUCCAUAGACAACAUUGGCAGGAGCAUGGCCUUACUGAAGAGCUCAGUGACUUUCAAUUUGGCACACUCACUACUGGUAGGCCACACAAGCUCACAGAAUGGGACCUGAAGUGCGUAGCGCGUAAAAAUAAUCUGUCCUCGGUUGCAACACUCACUACCGAGUUUUAAAUUGCCUCUGGAAGCAACGUCAGCACAAGAACUGUUAGUCGGGAGCUUCAUGAAUUGGGUUUCCAUGGCCGAGCAGCUGCACACAAGCCUAAGAUCACCAUGCGCAAUGCCAAGCAUCAGCUGAAGUGGUGUAAAGCUUGCCACCAUUGUUUUUGCCUUAGGUAACCUUCUGUCUUAUUUAACCAUACAAAACGUAACAUAUCUGACUCUGUACCGGUACCCCCUGUAUAUAGCCUCGCUACUGUUAUUUUAUUGAUUAUUUUAUUUUUGUUGUUAUCUAUUUUUUACUUAACACUUAUUUUUUUUACACCUGUUGUAUUCGGCGCAUGUGACAAAUACAAUUUGAUUUGAUUUGAUUUGAUAUCAUACACAUUUGAGUGUCCUGGAUUUUACUUUAAUAUGUUAUGUCUAGUGUAUGAGACCAGGCUGCAACAAAGGUGUUAUUGGGUGCAUAGGGCCUUUCUGUUCUUUUCAAGAAAUAGAUUUGUCUCAUCCUCUGUUUUUUGGGUUUCCACUUCUUUCAUUUCCUUUUUACGGCUAUCUCUUUCUAUGGCUAUCUUUCUAUGUUUCCUUCCUUCCUGCUAUUAUGUUUCCUGUCUCCAGGUCCACCUGCGCGUCCACAGUGGAGAGCGGCCCUUCAGGUGUCAGACCUGCAGUAAGGACUUCACCCAGCUGGCCCACCUGCAGAAACACUUCCUGGUUCACACCGGGGAGAAGCCACACGAAUGCCAGGUAUACUGAGACUUCACUGAAACGUCAUGCUUCACUGAUACCAUAUUUCUUCACUAUGGUAUACUGUACAAAGUUGCCAAUGGGAGCACAAAAUAACACAUCAUAUUAUUCUCAAGCAAGCCUGUGUAAACUCUCAUACUAAUCUUACUCUAUUACUAAAGAAACACCAUUAAUGAAAUAAUGACUCUCAUCCUUUUUCCCCCAACCUCUCUCUCUCUCUCUCUCUCUCUCUCUCUCGCUUCAGGUGUGCCACAAGCGUUUUAGCAGCACCAGCAACCUCAAGACCCACCUGCGUCUCCACUCAGGCGAGAAGCCCUACCAGUGCAAGCUGUGCCUGGCCCGCUUCACCCAGUAUGCCCACCUCAAGCUCCACAAGCGCCUGCACACUGGCGAGCGCCCCUACCACUGCCCACACUGUCCAUGCGCCUACCUUAAUUACUGUAGCCUCCAGGUGCACCUCCAGGGUUUCUGCCCCUCAGGCCCCGACCCCUCAGGCCCUGCUCCCUCUGUUGAGGAGCGUGACCGUGUCAACGCCGAGAUCGAGCAGUUCGACCUGAGCAAGGCUGCGGAACGCUUGGAGGCCAUGGCAGCGGAAGUUGAGGCGGAGAAGGGGAACAGCAGCAUUAGCGUCCUGCUGCAGGAUAUGGAAUUGGAGUGGAAGACCUCCGGCCAUCUUAGCGGCUCCGAUGAGACUAUGUCACUAGUCGAGCGUGGCCUACGAUGCAGCAGCGAGGGAAUCCUCUGUCCUUAG